CUCAGCCAUUAGACAAAACAUUUUCAAAUCCUAUUACAAGAUCGAAUAGCCCAGUAUCAGAAAGCAGAAAUACAACUGAUAAUGAAAAUUCUAAUCCGCCUACCUCAAAAAAGACUAAAUAA